AUGUACUCCAAGUUCUGGCCAAAGGGCGGUCUCCCAGGAAUUCUGCACCAUUAUACUGAAUCCCUCGUCACAUUUGAAUACACCACUGCCGCUGCGCACAAACCCCACAGUCUCCUCUUCGUCGGCGGUCUCGGCGAUGGCCUCGCAACAACAUCCUACAUGGCCGAUCUGGCCAAAGCCCUCCAGCCGACCGAAUGGUCCCUCUUCACCCUAAACCUCACAUCCUCCUACCAAUCCUGGGGCCUCGGCCACCUAGACCGCGAUACGAAUGAGAUCGCAGAAUGCCUCCACUAUAUCAAGGACUACAAGACCGAAAAGUUCGGCGAGGGCAAGAUCGUCAUGAUGGGUCACUCGACAGGUAGUCAGUGCGUGAUGCACUAUCUCUACCGACCAAACCCGCACCUCUCCGCACCAGCCUUUGAUGCUGGUCUCGAGCACGCCGACCGCUUACCCCUGGACGGCGCGAUCAUGCAAGCUCCCGUCUCGGAUCGCGAGGCUGUUCAGCUGUGCAUUGAGCAUGGAUUCGGAAGCAACUCAUCAGAUCAAAUGCGGGAUAUCUGUGAUAAGAUGGAAGCUAUUGCAAAGGAGGCUGUUCGGACGAACAGCAAAUAUGAUACUAUGCUGCCGCUUGAGUUGACUUCAGCUAUUUAUCCCUCCAAUACACCUAUCAGCUGUCGUCGGUUCUUGAGUCUUUAUAGCCCCGAGAGCCCGCACAUUCCCGGAGAGGAUGAUUUGUUCAGUGCGGAUCUGAGUGAUGAGCAAUUGUCGACCACGUUUGGUUUGAUUCAGCAGCAGGGUCUGUUGAAGCACAAGCUGAUGGUCUUGUACUCUGGGGCUGAUCAGGCCGUCCCUGGCUGGGUUGAUAAGGACAAGAACCUGGCCCGCUGGAAGAAUGCCCUUAAUCACGGCGAUAAAUUCCAGAUGUGGGAUGAUAAGCACAGUGCUAUUAUCCCGAACGCUUCUCAUGCGCUGAGCAACGAUGACCAGGCCGAGCCCCGGAAGUUCCUUGUUGGCAAAGUUAUGGGAUACCUGGAAACGGCUCUUACCAAAUAA